AUGGCGCUGUCAAGACUGGAGAGAUGGCUUUCGUACUACGUCCGCGCUCUGCUGCCGCAUGUGCUUUCUAAGGAGUCGUCGUACCGGAUGGCGUAUGUGUUUUCGCUGGUGAGUGCGAUGUGCUCAGGGUUUGUCACGCUGGUGGCUCUGUAUUCUAAACCGUGGCACGGCCAGCUGCACUACUCGUCGUGGCAGGUGAAUCUGAUCGUCAGUGCGGCGAAUCUGGGCAUGUAUCUGACGCCUCCGAUCCUCGGAGUGGUCGCCGAUGACCACGGCCCGAUAGCGUUGAGUACGCUCGCAAUAGGUGGGUUUAUACCGAGCUAUGCGUGUGCUGGCUAUCUGUUCAAUCAUCCGGAGUCGUCCAGCUGGCUCGCGUUUCGAGUGACCCUGGUAGCGUUCCUCUUUAUCGGCAUCUCGACGAGCGCACUGUACUUCAGUGCACUUCUGACCUGCGCAAAGCUGUAUCCGGAGAGGAAGCUGCUCUCGAUCAGCUUGCCGACCACCUGCUACGGCAUCUCGUCGGUGAUCGGGUCGCAGCUGCUGCGGAUGCCGUUUUUCUGGUCCAAGGCCAACCUGGACCUCGGCCGCGUGUUCAGCGUCUUCGCCUGGCUCUACGCUGCGGUCGGCCUGCUGGCAUGGGUCGCCACCGGGACUGUGUCGCUGCUGCACCAUUCCGAACCGCACGACGAGGCCGCUGAGCAGGAGCCACUGCUUCCUGUGCCAGCGGAGGAGCGCGCCCGACAGAAGGACUUCUUCAAGGACCAUAUCGCGUAUCUACUCGCGUUCUCCAUGCUGCUCGCGCUCGGGCCGCUGGAGAUGUUUGUCGCCGACAUGGGCUCCCUGGGCAGUCUAAUCGUUGGCAACUCGGCGAUCUUGUCGAACCAGCUGCUAUCCGUCUACGCCGUCAGCUCCACUGUGACACGAUUGCUCACCGGGCUGGCGACCGACGUCUUCGCAGCCAAGAAAAUCUCGCCCAAAUGGAUCCUAAUAUUCCACCUACUCCUCGCCAUGGCCUCCCAGGUGCUCGUUCUACUCAUCACUUCGACCGCGAUCGCCCCAGCCGAAUGGCAAGUCCUGUCGAUGGGAUCCAUGAUGGGCGCCGCCUACGGCGGCCUCUACACGAUCUACCCGACUGUAGUGCUGAUAGCAUGGGGCGACAAGCUCUUCGGCACCGCCUACGGAAGCAUGAUGGUCGCGCCGGCCAUCGGCGCGGCCAUCUCAUGCUUGAGCUACGCCAAGGUUUACGACGCUCUUUGCACAGAUUCAAGCAAAAAGAGCAGCGCUUGCAUCGCGCCGGUCUACAAAGUGACUGCCACACAGCUGGCGUGCUCCCUGGCGGUCACACUGGUGGCAUUCAGGGCCUGGAAACGCAGAAAUGUGCCACUAUGA